CGACGCUUUUAAAAAAGAAUGCACACUCAAGGUAUUUCAAGCAAGCACUUUGAAUAUUCUGACUGUUUACAAAAGAUAUCUGAUGCUAUUCAGAAAUGGGAAACUACACGAAAUUCUGUCAUCAAAUCUUGCAAAAGGUUAGAAGAGAGUCAUAAAGAAGACAAUCGAUUAGCAAAUGUACAGCCUUGUUUUUCACUACCAAUACUGAAUGAACUUAUUGAAACACGAUUAGACACUUCAAGAAAGUUAGCAAUUGGUAAAUAUCAAGAGAAAUCAUUCGAUGCGAUAGAUACAUUUAAUGUUUCGACAAAUAAUUUGUUAUCUAUUAUAAAUGCAUUGGUUGAGAACCUUAUGAAUCAUCAAUCGGUGUCAAGUAAUCAACUUCCUAAAAUUAUGACUAUUCAAAAUAUCUUGAAUUCAAUAGACUCCUUUAAAACAUUGCUGAUUAAUGAAUAUGAUGCUAUUAGACUGUAUCAUGUUAAACGUGUUUUUAUUCAUUCCAAUAGUUUCAAUGAUUUAUUGGUCAGUAACAACACUUUGCCUGAUAAUUCUCCUACCAAACUUGUAUGGUGUAAUGAAUUUAUUGUACAGUUGAAUACAUUACUUGAUUUUUUAAUAUGAGAAACAGUUUGAUGUUUUACUUCAUCGUGUUGGGAAUACAACGGACUAGACAACACUAUAUAAGACAUCACUGUAAAGAGUCACUUUGAUUAUUAGCCUUUUUGUAACCUGUGUGAUCUCUUUUUUGCGGGAAAUAAAAAGGUAAAGAGCAC